GUAGUGGCGGCUUUGUUCUUCUCUUCAACGGACAUGAUGAAGUAGAUGGCCCUGAAAAUGUUUGCCAAAAUUUUGCAAAAAUCAAUAAAUAUACGAAAUGUCCCAAAAUCUACUGAAAAAACAACAACAAUAUCAAAUUUAAACACUUACUAAUUAUGAAAUAACGAAAAAAAUUAAACUGAAAGAAGAAAGGGGAAUAAGGAAUAACGAAAAUAAAAACAAAAUUAAAUUAAACAAAAAAAUCCAUAAAUUCCAAGUGAAAUCAAGAUUCCAAGAAUUUAAAGCCCAAACAAAAUUCCAAACAAAUCGAAACAAGUGACUAAAGUUUCCCGUGAGAAGUGAAGAAAUUUAACAUCAUUACCAAAAAUUCUCCAUUGUCGUCGUCGCCAUCAUGGACGGGCAACGCGCUCGCGACAUUCUUACCUUGUUGCAGGAGCGCGUCGUCUUCCUUACCGGUGGUAGGGACAGACGUGGUGGUCCGAUCCUUUGCUUUCCGGCAACACCCAAACGGGAUCGCUUAAAACCAGAUGAUUUGAGGCGUUUGUUGAGCUAUUUGAUAAUGAUACCCAGCGAUUCGGCAAAAAAUCUAGGUUUCACUGUCAUCAUUGAUAUGCGCGGCAAUGGCAAUUGUUCAACGAAUGUCAAGGCCAUAUUGAAAGUGUUGCAGGAGCAUUUCAGUGCCAACAUCCACAAUGUUGUCAUCAUAAAACCCGAUAAUUUUUGGCAAAAACAACGAGCCUCGAUUUCAUCACACAAAUACAAGUUCGAAACGUCGACCAUAUCGAUUGAGGCCCUCAACAAGAUAGCGGAGCCCAGCCAGUUGACCAGUGAUUUUGAUGGCAAUCAAAUGUAUGACCAUCAACAGUGGACCGAUGCCCGUUUGGCCAUUGAGGAUUUCUUUUGGCAGGCCAGUGAUUUGGCCGAUCGCAUCGAUGAUCUGCAGGAGGAUUUGCAGCGCAAUGAUUUUGCCGAGGAUGUAAAUGGGGCCCGGCAUGCCUUGGAUCAUCACAAUGAGAUGAAAAAGAAAAUCCUUAAGCUGCCCAUUGAGGAUCUGGAUGUGCAGGGUAAAAAGCUGUUGGCCAAAAUCAAUAUGACUGGAGGUGGCAGUGGCGGGGCGGGUGCCGCUGGAGCCGAGUGCGUAGGCAGUGGCAACGAUUCGGGCACCUCAUCCCAGUCACAAAAUGCCUCUCAACAAUUUCGCAUGGCCACCAACAAUCCAGACAUGUCGGCCGCCAUCAGCAAAGCUUUAAGACAAAUUGACCUCAUCCAUUCGGGCCAGCAGCGCUUGCUCACCCUGUGGCAGCACAAAAAAGUCAAACUCGAUCAAUGUUUUCAAUGGCGCCUCUUCGAACAGGACUGUGAGAAAAUGUUCGAUUGGAUCCUACACAAUCGUGAUGUCUUUCAAAUGUCCUAUGUGGAAAUAGGUCAUAACUAUUCGGUGGCCAAAUCCCUGCAAGAUGAACAUCAAAAAUUUGCCGUGGCCUCCAUGAAUGUCUCGGUGAACAUAGAUCGCAUUUUGGCAGUGGCCUCCCGCCUCAUUGAAAGUCAACAUUAUGCCGCUCAAAAUAUCAAGACUUUGGCCACCCGGCUGGAUCGUACAUGGAAAGAUUUUGCCGCCGGCUUAGAUGAGAGAACAGCAGUACUGCAAUUGAGUGUACUCUUUCAUCACAAGGCCGAACAGUAUUGCAACAGUGUGGCCUCAUGGGCGGCGGCCUGUCAGGCCUCCCAGCCGCUACCCUCAGAUAUACAAAGCCUGGAGACGGCCAUACGCACCCAUCAGUCGCUGUACGAGGCCAUGUGCCAGGCCUAUACCGAGGUACAUUCAACCAGCAAAAAAUUACUUUAUCAACUGGAUCAUUUGGUCCAGGUAUGCAAUCAGCCACCACCACCCGGUGUGCCAGAUCAUCGCAAAAACAGCAGCUACAACAAAUAUGGCCGGCAAAAUCCCGCUGCCGACUACAGUGAGGGAGCCUCCCAUGUCCUCGCCGUCAUACAUCAAAUCCUGGGCCAUCAUCGUUCGUUGGAAUCGAAAUGGCACCAGGAAAAGAUACGCCUCCACCAAACACUGGCUCUGCGACUAUUCCAAGAGGAUGUCAAACAGGUCUUGGACUGGUUAAAGAAUCACGGUGAGGUGUUUGUACGCAAAAAUACCGGCAUUGGACGCAACUUGCAGAAGGCCCGAGUUUAUCAAAAGUCUCACGAACAUUUCGAAAAUGUUGCCCAGAAUACCUACAGCAAUGCGGAGAAGUUAUUGGCUGCGGCCGAUGAAUUGGCACGCAGUGGUGAGGCCGAUCCCAAUGAGAUAUACUCGGUUGCUCAUGAGCUGGAAAUACAGGUGGCCAGCUUUGCUGAACGGGUUGAACAAAGACGGCGACGCCUUGACAUGGCUGUAAUUUUUUACACCCAUGAAAAGGAGGUCACCGCCUGGAUAGAUCAGCUAAGAGCCGAUGUUUCCAGCGAUGAGACCAUGUUAUCUCAGGAGAAUCUGGAGGGCAUAGAAAGACUUUUGCAACAGUAUCGGGAGCAGCAGGAUAACACACUGAAAGGUUGUAUGCAAACCAUUGCCCAGGGUGAGGCAUUGUUGCAGGAAAUGCGUUCGUUGGAAUAUGCCGACAACACGGGGUCGGUUUCGGCCCUGGAGGCGGCCUUGGAAAAGUUGUCCAAACAAAAGGUGGAGUUGGAGGAACUGUGGUCGGCCCGCAAAUUUCGGGCUGAUUUGAUUUUACGUCUACGCUACUUUGAAAGGGAUGCCAUGGAGCUGUCCUCGCAAUUGGAAAUCUGGUCGGAGGAGUUGCAACAUGCCGAUUUAUCCCGAGAUUAUCAAAAGGCCGAACAGCUGAUACGCAUGCACAACGAAUCUGUAAGUGAUAUACAAAAUGCCACCUAUGAGGUGUUGGAACAGGGCCAAGAGCUACUGCAAAUGUUUGAAUCGGCCGGAUUUAUUUCCAUGGCAGAUGCAACCCACACAGCCCAGGCGCGUAUAGAAUAUCUCUUGAAUUUCUUGCGCGAAAGAGAAAUUGAUUUGGAAGAACUUUCCGAGGCCAAGCGAGCCAAAUUGGAACAAGCUGUCCAAUUGUGUCAGUUUCAAAACGAUGCCAAUCAAGUUAUUUCCUGGAUACGCAAUGGCGAGGCCAUGUUGGUGGCUAGCUUUGUGACACCCAACAGUCUGCAGGAGGCCGAACAGCUGCGUAAAGAACACGAACAAUUUCAGGUGGCCAUUGAAAAGACCCACACCUCUGCGGUACAGGUGAAAUAUCGGGCUGAUGCUCUAAUCAAUGCCAAUCACUAUGAUCCCCAGUCGAUACGGGAAAUAUCCGAUGAUGUUACCAAGAAAUGGCAACAAUUGGUCACCUACGCCGAGGAGCGUCACAAACUGGUAACGGCUUCAAUAAAUUUCUACAAAACCGCCGAGCAGGUUUGUUCGGUACUCGACUCCUUGGAGCGAGAGUAUCGUCGUGAAGAUGACUGGUGUGGUGGCGGUGGCUCAAGUGAUAAAUCCCAAACCAUUGUCCAGCUUAUCUCCAAACAUCAGGAACAAAAAGAAGCCUUCUUGAAGGCCUGCACGUUGGCACGUCGUACCGCCGAAACUUUCCUCAAAUAUGCCAAUCGCUCACAGCAAUACUAUGAAUAUCAAUCCCAGGGAAAUUGUGAAAAUCGUGUCAAAACCAUUUUGGAUAAAUUGCUAACGCAGGAGAAUCAAGUGCUGGAAUUCUGGACACAACGCAAGAAAUCGCUGGAUCAAUGUCAACAAUUUGUGCUGUUCGAACGUAGCGCCAAACAGGCCAUUGAAUGGAUCCACAACACGGGAGAGGCCUAUCUCUCGUCCCGCACCAAUUUGGUGGGUAAAACUCGCGAAGAAACCGAAGGUUUGCUCAAAGAGCACAAUGAAUUCCGUGGCACAGCCAAGGAGACAAGGGAACGUGUUAAACUAUUGAUCCAGCUGGCGGAUAGUUUGGUGGAGAAGGGUCAUGCCCAUGCCAGUUCGAUUAAGCAAUGGGUGGCGUCGGUGGAUCAAAGGUACAAGGACUUUAGCAAUCGCAUGGACUCAUAUAGGGAACAAUUGGAAAAAUCACUGGGCAUGAUUAGCGAAUCAGAUACCAACGUGUCGAUGAGUUCCGGCAUUGGUUCAAUUUCAUCCUCAUCAUCGUCAAACGAUCGUCAUUCAGAUCCUACUUUAGAAGCCAAGCUGACUACCUCAACGACCGUGGCCAAUAAGGAGAUCAAUGAAGAGAAGCGAAAAUCGGCUCGGCGAAAAGAAUUCAUUAUGGCCGAACUGAUGCAAACGGAGAGAGCUUAUGUCAAAGAUUUGGAAACAUGCAUCAAAUGUUUCCUGGAAGAAUUUCGUUUCGGCCAAGGUGUGCCCACUGCCCUGCACGGCAAGGAGGACAUCAUUUUCGGCAAUAUACGUGAAAUCUAUAAUUUCCACAAUAAGAUAUUCCUACGUGAGCUGGAGAAAUACGAAACAAUGCCCGAAGAUGUGGGCCAUUGUUUUGUGACAUGGGCCAGUAAAUUUGAUAUGUAUGUGCACUACUGCAAAAAUAAGCCAAUCAAUAAUCUCCUGGUGCAACAUGCCGGCAACUAUUUUGAUGAUCUGCAACACAAGCACAAGGUGGAACAUCCCCUGCCCGCCUAUCUGAUUAAACCUGUGCAAAGAAUUACCAAAUAUCAGCUAUUACUCAAAGAUCUACUAUCGUGCUGUGAAGAAUCACAUGGUGAAAUUAAGGAGGGCCUGGAGGUGAUGUUGAACGUGCCGAAGAAGGCCAACGAUGCCAUGCAUUUGUCGUUGCUCGAGAACUGUGAUGUUUCCAUCGACAGUUUAGGUGAGGUUGUCUUGCAAGAUGCAUUCCAAGCCUGGGAUACCAAGCAAUUGAUACGCAAAGGACGUGAUCGCAGAGUAUUUCUAUUCGAAAUGUAUUUGCUGUUUGCCAAAGAGGUCAAGGAUUCGAAUGGAUCGGCUAAAUAUCAGUUUAAGAGUAAAUUAAUGACCACAGAUCUCGGCAUAACCGAACACAUUGAGGGUGAUGAAACGAAAUUUGCCGUCUGGACAGGUCGCUCACCUAUGCUGUCCGAUUGUCGCAUUGUACUUAAAGCCAAUAGUUUGGAGACCAAACAGAUUUGGACCAAAAAACUACGCGAAGUCAUGCAGGAGUCAUGCUUCUCUGGCACUUCCCUAACCCUGCCCAAAUCACCAGCCAAGAAUUCGGGUUCAUCGCAACGAUCCUCGCGUGAUCUGGAUGAUCCAUUGACUGAAAACGAUCACGACAGAUGUUCCUUAGCCAGUUUUGGAUCUGGCAAUACAACAGAUAGUGAUAACAAAAUUGGUUCCCAUGAAGCAACUUGGGUAACAGCCGAUUACAUAGCAACCGCCGGAUCCAAUGAACUCAGCGUUACCAAGGGCCAACAGGUGGAGAUUCUCGAAGCACCCACAGCCAAUGAACCCGAUUUCUGUUUGGUCCGUCUCAAUCCUCAAUGUGAUGAUGCUGCGGUCCAAGAAGGUUUGGUACCCGUCUCCAUACUUAAACCCCCACCCGGUUCCCACAAAUCGAGCUCAUCGCGCAAGGACAAGAGUGAGAGUAACAAUUUGCAGGAUCAAACCAACAAUCGAAGUAAACCAGAUCCGCUGACAUCAUCCACCAAACGAAGAGGUCUUGGGGGGCGUAAAUGGUUGCCACAAAUCGGUCGCAAAGGUCCACAGAACAAAGUUGAGAAAACACCCGAAAAACUAUUGGUUAAAAAAUCAUCGGAGAAGAACUUCAAGUUGCCAGCCAAACAAAUGGAGGACUCAUCCAACAACACAUCACAACUGCUGGCCCAGGCAAAUGCAUCACAACUCAACACAUCACAGCAGGACUUUGAGGCCGAGGAAGAGGUUGGCUUGGAAUUACCGCCACCCAUGAAACCCAUACAGGAACCACAUUUAAUUGCCAAUGGGCCACCGACCUUCAACAAGGAUAUGAUGAAGGAUAAUUCUUCGGUAAUGGCCAGUUCCGGCAAAAUGGAUGGUCUAUCGGAGAUUGAACAAAUUGUUAAAGAAAAGACAGAAAGACACGAGGAAAAAUCAAAAAUUCUCAGUGAGAGCAGUAGUAAUAAUCGAAGUGGUGGAGGAACAGCCAACAACAGCAGCAGCAACACAACAAACAGUGAUUGUACAACAACAGGUGGUGGUGGCAUGGCUGGUGUUAUGGACAAUAUCGAUUCCAUGUAUCCGAAUUGUGGUGACAACAAUACCACCAAUAACUCAUGCACAGCCAAUGCAGCAGCGUCGUCAAUGAUGAUGAUGACAGCAGGCACAGCGUUAUCCUCUACCACCAACACCUACAACUCAUCAUCAGCAUCGGCGGCAUCAUCAUCUGCAGCAACGGCAACAACGGCGGCGUUAGGCAAUGCUGCCGGCGUUGUUGAAAACAAUGACGAAAACAAUAGCACAACCGCAACAACAACAUCAGCAUCAACAGCACCAUAUGCGGCCGGUGAGGCAAAUGAUGAAAAUGAUUUGUCUUCAACAAUACAAAAGCAUAGAUUUCCCGCACUAGUCGAGCUAUUGACAACCGAGGAAACGUACAUCAAGGAUUUGGGUGAUAUUGUUAAUGGGUACAUUAAGGAAUUGCGAAGUGGUGAUAUACCAUUGCCAAAUGAUUUAAGAGGACCCAAAGGACAAAUAGUUUUUGCCAACAUUGAAGCCAUUUAUGAAUGGCACAGAGACUAUUUCCUCAAGGCAUUAAUCCAAAGUCAAAAAACCCCCUCGGAGCUGGGCAACAUGAUCAAACGCUAUGAGAAUAAAUUCCAAAUGUAUAUUACGUAUUGCAACAACAAACCCAAAUCGGAACAUAUUGUCACCGAACAUGUUCAAUAUUUUGAAUUGGUGCGACAGAAGUUGGGCCAUCGUUUAGAGCUAAGUGAUUUGCUUAUAAAACCUGUACAAAGAUUACCCAAAUAUGUCCUACUCUUGACGACCAUAACCAAACAAAUUGAAAAUGCCGGCCUGAUGGAAGAUGUGGCCAGCAUGAAGGAAGCAUGUAAUGUAAUGAAUGCCAUUUGCAAAGAUGUCAACGAUAUUAUGGUACUGCGACGUCUCAAAAAUUUCGAUGGUAAUAUCACGGCCCAAGGUAAAUUACUAUUACAUGGAACGCUGACAUGUCUGGAACAGGGCAAAAAUGCCACCGAACGCAAGACCCGUGAACUUUAUGUAUUUCUCUUCGAUCAGGGUAUCUUCUUUACCGAAAGACACAAUGCUAAAGGACAGUUUUCAAGUCCUACCUACAUCUAUCGAUCACACAUACAGCUUAACAAAAUGCAAUUGGAAGAGCUGACAAAUCAUCGUUUCCAACUCAAAUCCAUUGAUCCCAAUCGACCCAAUAUCAAUAUGAUUUGCUAUGCCUCCAACACGGAGGCAUGUCGCAAUUGGUUGGACACGAUACGCAAACAAUUGCAGUUUCAACAUGAUUUCCUUAAUGCUCUCAUCAGGCCCAUUGCCUAUCAACAGCAGCAGCAGCAACAACAGCAACUGCAAAAGCAACAUAGCCAAGUAAACAAUGAGCAGCUAUAACCAGCAAUCCAUGAUUAUUACUAAAAAAAAAAACACUAAA